AUGGAAACGGAAAAACUUGCACUAGCUACUGCUUCACAGCCUAAGGAACAGCCAAUUACUGUUGCAACAGAUACAAGUGAUUUAGCUUCACCGCCUGCUUUUAUACGCCCACUUGUACCUGAAUUGAUAAAUUUGACUGAUAAUAUUACACUACACAAUUCAAGAUUGCUUGAUUCGCAACUAGCUUUGCAACCAGCAACCACAAAUGCUUCACACAAUAGUACAAAUUUAGGUCUUGACCAUUUGAAAAAGUCAACAUAUUAUAAACGUCCUGAUGUCUCCAAAAGUAAAAUUUUGUUUGAUGGUAAGUCUUGUGUUCGUGAAUUUAUAACUAGUGUUGAUGAGUACAUGGUUUCCAGAGAUAUUGAUGAAUACUUUAUUGUCACAUCGUUUUCAGAUUUUCUUACUGGUGUUGCAAAAAAGUGGUUCCGCACUGUUCGAGUGAAUUAUAGUUCUUGGUAUUCUCUUAAAGUCGAUUUACUUAAACGUUUUGAUAAACUUGAUUUUGAUUACCAACUUGAAUUUCUUUUACGCACACGUAAACAAAAAUCCACAGAAACUUUGUCUGAUUUUAUAAUAGAACUGCAGGAUAUGUCUUUUCGUCUUUCUGAUCCACUUUCGGAACAAAAUUUAAUUAACAUUAUUAAGCAUAAUAUGUUGCGCUCAUAUGCCAUGUAUUUUGUUGGCCGAAACAUAACUUCUAUUGACCAAAUUGUUCGAUUGGGAAGAGAAAUUGAAGAACUCGCUUCAGAUGGUAAUUCUAUUAAAUCUGAUAAAAAUUUAACUUGUUUAAAAUGUAAACGUCAAGGUCAUAACUAUAGAAAUUGUUCAAGCAUUCCUGGCAUUAUUUGUUUUAAUUGUCACAGACACGGAGUGACUACCCUCACCUGCGACUGUAAUAAAUCACAAAAUUGUAACAAAAAAGUCGAAAUUUCUGAACCGGUUCCAAAAAACUAA